GGAGGUUGUGCAGGACAAGCUGCUGGGGACAGAAUGUGCCAAGUUGGUGAUAGCGGGGGCGUGCGGGGGGGGGGGCACUGCUCAUGGCUGGGUGGCUCCAGGGAGCGAGCUGACCUGGAACCACCUGAUUAAUGGAUAAAUAGAGCCCCUGACACCUUGGUCUUGCUUUGGCUCGGGUUGGAUCUUUCUGGACUUCAGCUGCACCCCUUGUCUCUCUCCCUCCACUCACCUUCCCCUGGACUUCUGUGGACUCCCUCUCUCCCUCCCUCCCUCUCUGCUUCCACUUCUCACUCCACCUCUUCCCGUGGCCUUCCUGGGCCUUCUUCCCCUCUUUGAUCCCAUGUUUAUGCAUCUUAGCCCCCUACUUUGUCUCUGGAGCCCACACCCUUGGGCCCUUCCUCUACUCUGUGUCUGUCCCUCGUCUGCCUCUGAGCUCCCCAUCAGCACCCCUUCUCCUUGGCCUGCAGGAUGUCUCUGCUGAACCUGUCGUGGCUGGGACUGUGGCCCGGGGCAGCCUCCCCGUGGCUGCUCCUGCUGCUGGCUGUGGCCUCCUGGCUCCUGGCCCGCUUCCUGGCCUGGAUCUACACCUUCUAUGACAUCUGCCGCCGCCUCCGAAAUUUCCCGCAGCCCCCAGUGAGGAACUGGUUCUUGGGGCACCUGGGCCUGGGCUCCCCCACGGAGGAGGGUUUGAUGGAAGUGACUCAUCUGGUAGCGACCUACCCGCAGGGCUUUAAGACCUGGAUGGGCCCUAUCCGCCCCAUCAUCACUCUCUGCCACCCCGAGAUCAUUCGGCCUGUCAUUAACGCCUCAGCUGCCAUCGCACCCAAGGAUGUGAUCUUCUACAGUUUCCUGAAGCCCUGGUUGGGGGACGGGCUCUUGCUGAGUGGCGGUGACAAGUGGAGCCGCCACCGCCGCAUGCUGACACCCGCCUUUCACUUCAACAUUCUGAAGCCCUACAUGAAGAUCUUCAACGAGAGCACGAACAUCAUGCAUGCCAAAUGGAAACACCUGGUCUCUGGUGGCAGCACCCGUCUGGACAUGUUUGAACAUAUCAGCCUCAUGACCCUGGACAGUCUGCAAAAAUGUGUCUUCAGCUUUGACAGCCACUGCCAGGAGAAGCCCAGUGAAUAUAUUGCUGCCAUCUUGGAGCUCAGCGCCCUUGUGUCGAAACGGAACCAGCAGAUCUCACUGCAUUUCGACUUCCUGUAUCACCUCACUCCUGAUGGGCGGCGCUUCCGCAGGGCCUGCCGCCUGGUGCAUGACUUCACAGAUGCUGCCAUCCAGGAGCGGCGCCGCACCCUCUCAGAACACGGUGUUGAUGACUUCCUCAAGGCUAAGACCAAGGCCAAGACUUUGGACUUCAUUGAUGUGCUCCUGCUGAGCAAGGAUGAAGAUGGGAAGGAGUUGUCAGAUGAGGACAUCCGAGCAGAAGCUGACACCUUCAUGUUUGAGGGCCAUGACACCACGGCCAGUGGCAUCUCCUGGGUCCUAUACAACCUUGCCAAGCACCCGGAAUACCAGGAGCGUUGCCGGCAGGAGGUGCGAGAGCUCCUGAGGGACCGCCAACCAGAGGAGAUUGAAUGGGACGACCUGACCCAGCUGCCCUUCUUGACCAUGUGCAUCAAGGAAAGUCUGCGGAUGUAUCCCUCAGUUACUGUCAUCGCACGUUGCUGUACCCAGGACAUAGUAUUUCCAGAUGGCCGGAUCAUCCCCAAAGGUGUCAUCUGCCUCAUCAGCAUCUUUGGGACCCAUCACAACCCCUCUGUGUGGCCGAACCCUGAGGUCUAUGACCCCUUCCGCUUCAACUUAGACAACAGUGAGAAGAGGUCGCCUCUGGCUUUUAUUCCCUUCUCUGCAGGUCCCAGGAACUGCAUCGGGCAGACAUUCGCCAUGACCGAGAUGAAGGUGGUCCUGGCGCUUACGCUGCUGCGCUUCCGUGUCCUGCCAGAUGAUGCUGAGCCUCGGAGGAAGCCGGAGCUGAUCCUGCGCGCUGAGGAUGGGCUGUGGCUGCGGGUGGAGCCACUGGGUGGGGGCCAGAAGUAACCCCCGCUGCCCCUUAGUUCCGCCCCUACUCACCCACCUACCCUAGGAGACUCCCAGGAAUAAAACUUUGUUGUCACUUCUGCCUUAGUCUCCCCAGGAGUCAGCAGGGGUGCUUGGGGACCGCGGGACUGUGGGUGGGAGUGAUUGGGUGGAGAAGGGCCCAGUCACUCGGAGCUCAAGACCCACCUUGCUGCCCGCGGGUUCUCCCAGAUCCGGAUCAUGGAAUUAACCUGUGGACAGCAGGGAGCCAUGGGAGGUGUUAGAGCAGGAGAGAGGCCAGGGUUGUGGAUGGACUUAAGGGAUAAGAUUGAGGCCCUAAGUCAGGGAAGGGAACCCAUAGUGGCAGAUCCCUUCUUCUGGCUGCUGGGAUCCCCCAGAACGCAGGGCCCUGGUUAGCCCAGCACACAAGGGGAGGGGGGCAUCCAGAGCCCACACCCAGGCAGCCUGUCCAGGACUGUUUAUUCCCUCC